CAUCUUUUCCACAAGUGCUGUGUUGACCCCUGGCUCCUAGACCAUCGCACCUGUCCCAUGUGCAAGAUGAACAUUCUUAAAGCCCUAGGGAUCCCGCCCAACGCCGACUGCCUGGACGAUGUGCCCAUCGACUACGAGGGAUCUCUGGGAGGUCCGCCCACCAACCAGAUCACAGGCGCAAGUGACACGACCGUAAACGAAAGCUCGGUCACUUUGGACCCUGCUGUCCGGACUGUGGGAGCAUUGCAGGUCGUCCAGGACCCAGACCCCACCCCUCAGGAGGGAGAAAUCAUCUUCACCACCAACAGUAAGUUCUGCCGUGCACACACCAAGCGCCCUUAUUCCCAAAAGCUGUUCCCUCGUGAGAAUUGGAAGGAGGCACUUGUCCUCAAGAAGGAAAAAAAAAAAAAAGAAAUUAAAUGACCAGAAUGUUGCCCGGCUGACCCGUCACAGCCGACAGUCCUCGCGAGGCCCAGCUCACUCCCGAGGCAGCAGGGCAGACAGUAGCGCUGGCAUGGGUCUCGCUCACGCACACCCGAUGCCACCGCAUUGCACACACCCCGUGGUACCAGAAGCAAGCUGGGCGGUGGGUCUGACCUCUGAGAGUGGAA